UUUGUUACCGAGGGUUCUCUGGCAUGCACUACUACGACGUAGGGCAAAAUAUCCCUGCUCCUCCCGCCUCGCUGUCACGAAUCGCAAGACCCUGCUGGCUCCAAACCGGAAGGAUGCCUUACUUACAUAAAUACCUUCCGGCUAACAAUCCGGAUAGACCUGGGUAGGAACUAAGCAAGGAAAACGGCACUAGAGAUUGACAUGCUUCCCCUUUCCUAUAGGAAGGGCUUUGUUGUGUCUAAUCUACCUAGUUGCCUAGCAGUGAAACAUAUAAAGAAAAUCGCGUCCCUUUCAGUUAGUUUCAAUGGCUCGUUAGAAACAUGAAAAGCCGUUCCAUCUUACUAGCGCCAACUACCCCAACUAUAGCGAUCUAAUUCGCAGAUGGUACGCCCUCCGAGGGACGGGUAGAAGAGAUCUUAUCUAUAACAGUUUAGCCGAUGGUGGAUGCUACACGCACACUGUCGAAUUGGGGUACUGGAAAGGGCGCAGCAGGACCGCUUUCAUUCAUCUUGGCUACCCAACCAAGAAAAGCCACGGAACCGGGAACGAAGUAAGGGACUUCCGUUCGUCGGAACGGCUCGUAUCGAAGAAAAAAUAAUACCGAUCAUAUAGAUAGGAGUUUUGUUCGAAUUUCGCACCGCCUCGAAAGAUGGGUUUCAACUCUUCGCUAUACAGCCGCCAGGCUUCGUUCUCCGCAUCCCUAAGACAUAAGCUAAGCUUUCUGAGCGAAGCCAUGAGUUCGGGAAAAGAAGAAGAGGAAAUGACAGUGGGAGUCGUAGCGGAAGCUUCGUCGUCGAGCGAAAAUGAAACGGCCUCGAUCCGAGGCCCUCCGGACGUCGAGCCACCACCCGAUGGUGGUUUCGCAUGGGUUCAGGUAUUCGUUGGACAUCUGGCUUUGUUCAAUACAUUCGGUUGGUUCAACAGCUAUGGUAUCUUCCAGGACUACUACACGGAGGAAUUGCAUUUACCCCUAUCCGCCAUAUCGUGGACCGGCAGCGUACAGGUUUUUCUCCUCGCUUGCAUCGGUAUGUUCUCCGGUCGCUUGUUCGAUGCAGGGUACUUCCGCUCAUUAAUUGCCAUCGGUUCCGUGUUACAAUUGCUCGCUGUCUUUAUGGCUUCUCUCGCGACCCAGUAUUGGCAACUUUUCUUGGCUCAAGGCGUGUGUGGUGGACUUGGGGCCGGAAUUCUUUAUUGUCCCAUCAUCGCAUGCGUUUCCACGUAUUUCUCUAAGAAGCGUGCCUUGGCAAUUGCUCUUGUUACUAGCGGUGGUGCUACCGGUGGGACGAUCUUCCCGAUUAUUGCUCAACAGCUGCCAGACAAGGUUGGGUUUCCUUGGACUAUGCGCGUGAUGGGGUUUGUCGUUAUGUUUAACGCUGCUAUCAUGUUGGCUUUUGCGCGUACGAGACUUCCACCUCGACCGAGGGGGCCACUGGUUGAAUGGGCGGCAUUUUCGGAGCUACCCUAUACCCUCUACACAGCUGGCGCAUUUUGUCUGCUAUGGGGUGUAUAUUUAAUAUACAAUUAUAUCAACCAUUUUGGAAGAGUAGUAUUAGGCAUGGAUGCCAGUACGUCGUUAAACACUCUUUUUAUUGCCAACGCGGUGGGCAUUCCGGGGCGUAUCAUCCCCGCUCUCGUCUCCGACGCAUACCUUGGACCAUUCAGGACACUCGUGCCACUUGCCAUUGGCUCGAGUGUCUUGUACUUCGGCUGGAUUGGUGUACGAGACCCAAGUUCGUUGUACGUCUUCGCCGUGUUGUGCGGACUUAUCAACGGCGGUGUUCAAACCAUUGCAAUGACUGGUCUUCCCGCCCUGACUAAUGACCUGAGCAAGGUGGGCACUCGGUCAGGCAUGAUCAUGACCAUCGGCUCCUUCGCAUGUCUGACAGGGCCGCCUGUCGCAGGAGCAUUGAUCGAUGUCGCGGAUGGCAGUUACUUAUAUAUGCAAAUAUGGGCGGGGUGCAUCAUGUUCUUGAGUGCAUGCUUUGUCGCUGCCUCUUGGUUUGCCCGCUCGAAGGUAAGCACAUAAUAGCCUGCCGUAGCCCUUAAUAGACUUCUAUUUUCACCUCG